GACCGUAUAUAAUGGACGAAUAAUUCAAAUGGCAGGAAAUGACGCCCACAUUUUGGAUGCAGAAUCCUGGAAACGUUCUGCACAUGCGCCAAACAUGAUGCUUACGGUGCUGGCGGAGAGAGAGACGGUUCCCUGGUUCAACCCACGUUCAACCAGUAAACCGUCUCUCUCUCCACCAGCACCGUAAGCGUCAUGUUUGGCGCAUGAGCAGAAGAUUUCCAGGAUUCUGCAUCCAAAAUCUAGGCUUCACAUUUUGUCAUUUUUUCACCGUUGAAUUAUUCGUCCAUUAUAUACGGUCGACGCUGAUAAGCGAAAAUAUGGUGGUUUUUUUUCAUUUUUUCAAGAUUUUUUACUUGUAAUUCAAGACUAAUUUUGGUUGUUCAUUUUCUGAAAAGUGACUUUACUACUGAAAUAAAUUAAAACAAGAACAGUAGAGUAAAUAUUGGUGCAUUCGACGUUCAGAAGGUAUGUUUUUCAGAUUGUUUUUUUGUUCUCAGUCAAAAUGAAUUCAUGCAGAUUGUCAUGUGAUAAUAAAUGCAAGGAAACUGCAUACGAUUGAAACUUAAUUUUAGUGAUCAAACUAGAAACAACUCAAGAGAGAACGAGUAUCUAGGGUCGUUGGUGCACUCUUAUUAUUCAUCAGAACAGAAUUAUAAUAUGCUGUGAAUUCAAGCCUUCAUUUUCACGACGAUAAGUGAUUUUGUUCCUGCCAAAAUGUCAUCGAGUAAUUGUAGCGCGAUUUGUACAUUGUACAAAGAAUGGGAUACCACUGAAGUUCACUUUGAUGAAGCAAAUCAUGUAUGGGUGAUUAAUAACUUUUAUCUCCACGAAUUUGAAGGAGGAACUUUAUAUUCUUCUGAAUUCUCAGCUGUUGGAAAUGAUGAGAUUACAUGGCGACUGAGGCUAAAACCAAAUGGAGGAACGGAUGCCAAGGAUACAAUUUCUCUCUACUUGAACCUCUGCAGUCCUAGGACUAAAAAAGUGUACGCGAAAUUUGAUGCUUUCGUUAUGGAUUCCCAGUAUAAAAAAGUACCUAUUUCGAAGGGUGAGAUGAAUGCAUACGAUUUUACGAGUGAAACGAAACCUGGUUGGGGCCGGAAAGAAUUUCUAACGAAAGACGACAAUUUCAAACAGAACUUUUUGAUCGAUAACACGUUGACGAUCGUGUGUGAAGUACGUUUUUCUACAAUACGCGAUGCCAUUAGUAACACAUUGCAUCAUUGUAAAACAACUCAACUGUAUCCAAACACUCCUCUUUGCGAUCUUUCCGAAAACUUUGGACAAUUACUAGAACACCGUGAAUUGGCAGAUGUCACACUUUCUGUAGAUGGUCAAGAGUUUCCAGCUCACAAGGUUAUUUUGUCUGCGCGAUGUCCAGUAUUCGCUGCUAUGUUCAAACACGAUAUGAAAGAAAAUGGACAAAAUCGAAUUGAUAUCGAAGAUAUGAAUGCAGAAACGGUCGUCGAAUUUUUGAAGUACGUUUAUACCGGAAAAUGUGAUAAUUUGAAAAAUAUAGCGGAAGGUUUGCUGGCAGCUGCUGAUAAAUACGGUUUAAAUCGAUUAAAAAUGAUUUGUGCAGAAGAACUUUACAAGACGUUAUCUGUGGAAAAUGCUGCGAAUAUUUUGUUGCUAGCGGAUAUGCAUGGCGUUAAAGAACUGAAAUCUGAAUCGAUCAAGUUUAUCGUUGCUAAAUUUAUCGAAGUGUUCAAUUCCACAGCUUGGAAAAACAUCGUUCUUGUGCAUUCUAAUUUGGUGAAUGAAGUGUAUGAAGCGUUAUCACUACGUACAGCAUCCAAUGGGUGAUUGAAUUGAAAAUUCACAAUCUCAUGAAGUAUUCUGAAGACGUAGCAGAAGUUUCAUGUUUCUCUGCAUACAUUGGAAGUUAUAAUUUUGAUUAAAAUUAAUCAAUUUCGUUGUAUUUCUUAGUUUAUUCCUCAACAGGCUAUGUUCAUGUUUUCUAUUCUAUGUAUCGAUUUCUUAUUACUUAAUUUUAUUACCAUUAAAUUUAGAUUUGUUUCGUC